UAGAAGCGUAAUCAAUUAAAUUCCCCAACGACGAAGAGUGUACAUUAAUAGGAUCAGCGAACACCCCACCUUACGUUUACAGUAUAUAUAUGGGUUUUCACAGCAUUAAAGUAUUGUAUAUCACCAACAUGUCACUAAAGAUGCUGUUGUUAAUGCUGCUUAUUCAAGUUGUUCUAUGUCAGUGUAAGUUUAUUGAUGACCUUUAUACAGAGCGUCGACUGGAUGAUAUUCUCGAAAAUCCUUUUUACCGCUUCACCAGGACGAAAACGAUGCCCAUGUGCGAUUCAAUUAAAACUACUUCAAACUUCAAAGCCCUACAAAAUGUAGACUGCCGACCAUUUCCCACCUUAGUUAAAGUUGAGCCUAAUUCGAAGCAAGUAGAUGAACUCAUCAGUCCAAGCUUUGUUAUUCUCCAUCGCUGCUCCGGUGACUGUUAUAUCCCGAACCAAGGAUAUGGAUGCACUACAAUAAAAAGCGAAACUGUGAAUGUGCACAUUAAAAUCGGUAGUAAACUGGAACGGAAUUGUAUCGUUCCUAUGAGUAAUCAUACUCUUUGUAGAUGCAAUUGUAAGCAAAAUGCCAAUAAUUGCAAUCCUGUGACGCAUGAAUGGAAUGAGAAUCGGUGCUCGUGUGUUUGUAAGUCGCAUCUAAAGACGGCUUGUGAGUUGAAAGGGAAAAGUCAUAAAUGGAACGAUAAUAACUGUUCAUGUGGCUGUGCUAUGGUAAUGUGUCAUAAUGAUCCAUUUGGAAGAGCACCCGAUCCUAAUAACAACUGUAAAUGUAACCCCGGUGUAUCGGCCUCAUCAUAGCCGCAGAAACAGUAGAAUUUAUAUGUGAUUUAACUAACUUUCUCAUGUAACUGUUGACGCGAGUCAUGUGGGAAAGAGGUAAAACGAGAAAAGUCUGGAUCGGGAUAGAUUAGUAUUAUGUUAAAUAAAAUAACAACAACUGA